AUGAUGGUGCAUUGUGCGGGCUGCGAGAGGCCGAUUUUGGACCGGUUCCUGCUGAACGUCUUGGACAGGGCAUGGCACAUCAAAUGCGUCCAGUGCUGCGAGUGCAAGUGCAACCUCACCGAGAAAUGCUUCUCCAGGGAAGGCAAACUCUACUGCAAAAAUGACUUUUUCAGGAGGUUUGGUACCAAAUGCGCCGGCUGCUCCCAGGGCAUCUCCCCCAGCGACCUCGUCCGGAAAGCGCGGAACAAAGUGUUUCACCUGAACUGUUUCACCUGCAUGGUCUGCAACAAGCAGCUCUCCACGGGCGAGGAGCUCUACAUCAUAGACGAAAACAAGUUUGUUUGCAAAGAGGAUUACUUGAACUCUCCCACUUUGAAGGAAGGAAGCCUCAACUCAGUGUCCUCAUGUACAGACAGGAGUUUGUCCCCGGAUCUCCAGGACCCCAUGCAGGACGACACGAAGGAGACGGACAACUCGACCUCCUCGGACAAGGAGACCACCAACAACGAGAACGAGGAGCAGAACUCGGGCACCAAGCGGAGGGGGCCCCGCACCACCAUUAAAGCCAAGCAGCUGGAGACCCUCAAAGCAGCCUUCGCCGCCACCCCAAAACCCACCCGCCACAUCCGAGAGCAGCUGGCCCAGGAGACCGGCCUCAACAUGAGAGUCAUCCAGGUCUGGUUCCAGAACCGUCGGUCCAAGGAGCGCCGGAUGAAGCAGCUGAGCGCGCUGGGCGCCCGCCGGCAUGCCUUCUUCCGCAGCCCGCGCAGGAUGCGGCCCCUCGGCGGCCGCCUCGACGAGUCCGAGAUGCUCGGCUCGACGCCCUACACGUACUACGGAGAUUACCAAGGUGACUACUACGGACCGGGAGGCAACUAUGACUUUUUCCCCCACGGGCCGCCCUCCCAAGCCCAGUCCCCGGCCGACUCCAGCUACCUUCAGAACUCAGGACCCGGCUCCACACCCCUGGGACCCUUGGAGCCCCCCUUAAGCGGACACCACUCCUCAGAAAACCAAAGGUACACGGAUAUGAUCUCGCAUCCCGACACCCCCAGCCCCGAGCCGGGGAUGACCGGCUCGCUGCACCCCAUCCCAGGGGAGGUCUUCAGCGGGGGGCCCAGCCCACCCUUCUCCAUGUCCAGCAAUAGCGGCUACAGCGGGGCCCUCUCGCACCCCAACCCGGAGCUCAGCGAGGCAGCGGUGUGGUAG